GGGAGGAGGGAGUGAAAGUGGAGAGCAGCAGGCAGACGUGUUGCAACAGAUGGCGGCUCGGCUGCAGCGAGGAACUCUGGGAACGCCGCGAGACGCAGAGGAACGGGUCAGAAAAACAGAGACAGAGAGACCACCUGCUGACGGCGAGGAGGUCCUGAGGGAGGAGACGCAGCAGCAGCAGGAGAUGGUAAAUGUGCCUUCAGUCACCUCCUCCUCCUCUUCAUCACCUCCUCCUCCUCUCCAUCACCUCCUCCUCCUCUUCAUCGCAUCCUCGCUCCUUCUCACUCCAGGGAUUUGAGGUCCCUGUUGAGCUGAACACACUGCGUCAAACACUGAGUACACUCUAGAGAGUCUGAACAAGUAGUUGUUUGACCUGUUGGUGAGGUUUAGGGGUCGAAGGCCAUGGCAGGCCGACUCCUCCUCUUCCUGUUCUUCUCGGUGACGCUCGGCCACGCUCAUUUCCUGUCCGGCCAGCGUCUGAAGCCCCGCCUCCAGAGAGACCGCCGCAACAUCCGGCCGAACAUCAUCCUCAUCAUGACCGACGACCAGGACCAGGAGCUGGGUUCGAUGCAGGCGAUGAAUAAGACUCGCCGCAUCAUGGAAGAGGGCGGGACUUCCUUCUCCAAUGCCUUUGUGACCACGCCCAUGUGCUGUCCGUCACGAUCCAGCAUGCUGACUGGGAAGUACGUUCACAACCACAACACCUACACCAACAACGAGAACUGCUCCUCACCGUCAUGGCAACGGCACCACGAACACAGGAGCUUCGGGGUCCACCUGAACAGCACCGGAUACAGGACGGCAUUCUUCGGGAAGUACCUGAACGAGUACAACGGCUCCUACGUGCCCCCCGGCUGGAGGGAGUGGCUCGGUUUGGUGAAGAACAGCCGAUUCUACAACUACACACUGAGUCGUAACGGGGUCCGGGAGAAACACGGGGCCCAGUACCCACAGGACUAUCUGACCGACCUCAUCACGGCCGAGUCCAUCCGCUACUUCCGCUCCUCCAAGAGGGUUUACCCUCACCGGCCGGUGCUGAUGGUGCUGAGCCACGCGGCGCCGCACGGACCGGAGGACUCGGCGCCGCAGUACAGCAGCGCCUUCCCCAACGCCUCGCAGCACAUUACUCCCAGUUACAACUACGCUCCCAACCAGGACAAGCACUGGAUCAUGCGCUACACGGGCCCCAUGAAGCCCGUCCACAUGGAGUUCACCAACAUGCUGCAGAGGAAACGGCUGCAGACACUGCUGUCUGUGGACGACAGCAUGGAGAGGCUCUACAACAUGCUGGUGGAGACUGGAGAGUUGGAGAACACGUACAUCAUCUACACGUCUGAUCACGGUUACCACAUCGGACAGUUUGGCCUCGUCAAAGGUAAAUCCAUGCCGUAUGAGUUUGACAUCCGAGUCCCGUUCUUCAUUCGAGGACCAAACGUGGAGCAAGGCACCAUUAACCCUCACGUGGUCCUGAACAUCGAUCUGGCUCCGACCAUCCUGGACAUCGCCGGCCUCGACGCUCCUCCAGACAUGGACGGGAAGUCCAUUCUGCCUCUUCUGGAGAGCAACAAGGCAGCCAACAGGUUCCAGGUGAACAGGAAGCCCACGGUGUGGAGGGACUCCUUCCUGGUGGAGAGAGGGAAGCUGCUGCACCAUCUGGUGGAGGGGAAGCAGGUGUCUCAGGAGGAGAACUUCCUGCCCAAAUACCAACGAGUAAAAGACCUCUGUCAGAGAGCCGAGUACCAGACCCCCUGUCAGCAGACUGGACAGAAGUGGCAGUGUGUGGAGGACGCCACGGGGAAGCUUCGGCUCUUCAAGUGCAAGAACGAAGGAGGCGGGGCUAAGGGCUUUCAGAGAGGCGUGGCCGGCAGGCAGCGUCCACUCAGUGUCAAGUCUCAGCUGUACCAUCGCAACGCCAACGCCUGUGACUGCGACCUCCGUGACCUCCGGCCUCUGAACCCGCGACCCUCCACGAUGAGGCCGUUCAACAAAAAGUCUUUCUUCUCCAAGAAGAAGUUCAAAGCCUUGAAGAGUUACUCCAGGAACCGGUUCAGCCGCUCCGCCUCCACGGAGAACAGCUACCCCGUGAACCGCAGCUCGGUGGAUGGAACCGACUGGGCUCAGCCAAUCAGAAACGAGUCUGAGGACGAGUUCAGUGGGAUGGGAGGAGUUCCCAACGCCGUGACCCCGCCCAACUCCCACAAGGUCACGCACAGAUGUUCGAUUCUCCCCAACGCCUCCAUCCAGUGUGAGAAUGGAGUGUAUCAGUCUCUGCAGGCCUGGAAGGACCACAAGCUGCACAUCGACCAUGAGAUUGAGACGCUGCAGACAAAGAUCAAGAACCUGAGGGAGGUCAGAGGUCACCUGAAGAAGGCCCGCCCCCUGGAGUGUGACUGUAAUAAAUACCUGUUUAAGUCCAAACUGAAGAGCAAGCUGAGGUACAGAGCAGGUGGAGGACACCCCUUCAGUAAGGGCGGGGCUCGGGACAGGAAGGCGUGGCUUCUGAAGGAGCAGAAGAGGAGGAAGAAAAUGAGGAAGAUAAUCAAGAGGAUCAGAAACAACGACACGUGUUCGAUGCCCGGACUCACCUGCUUCACUCACGACAACCAGCACUGGCACACUGCCCCCUACUGGACAUUGGGUUCGUUCUGUGCCUGUACCAGCGCCAACAACAACACUUACUGGUGUCUGAGGACGAUAAACGAGACUCACAACUUCCUGUUCUGUGAGUUUGCAACCGGCUUCCUGGAGUUCUUUGACCUGAACACAGACCCAUACCAGUUGAUGAAUGCAGUGAGUUCUCUGGAGAGGACGGUCCUCAACCAGCUUCACAUCCAGCUGAUGGAGCUCAGAGGCUGUAGAGGACACAAGCAGUGUAACCCACGCACACGCUCAGUGGAGACGGCAGGGGGGCGGGACCAUGGCAGCUUUGAUGACUACAGGGUGUUUGAGAGGAAGAAGUGGCCGAAAAUGAAGAAACCUUCAUCAUCUCGAACCCUCGGACCAAUCUGGGACGGCUGGAAGGGCUGAGCCUCCUGAUUGGUCGGAGCACCCUCCUGACUCCACCCUCACAGCAGCCCGAAUGAGCGUCCCACCCGUCGGCCAAUCAGCUCCUGCCAUCUCUGUGACAUCACUUGGCCCUCCUCACCUGCUGCUCAGGGAGACGCUGGGACGGAACACUCUUCAUCAGCUGAGGAGGAGGAGGAGGAGGAGGAGGAGGAGGAAGAGGAAGAGGAAGAGGAGGAGGAGGAGGAAGAGGAGGAGGAAGAGGAAGAGGAAGAGGAAGAGGAAGAGGAAGAGGAGGAGGAGGAGGAGGAGGAGGAGGAGGAGCAUAUCAAUGGAUCUGAUGAUAAAUAUUCAUACUUUCUGUCUGUAAUUUGAUUCCUUUUAGUCUUUUUCUCUCAUGUGAAAAAACAUUCUAAAUAUUUUCCACCUGUUUCUGAUGUAAAUCACGUUUCAGGUAUUUUGUUUAACUAAGUUAUAUUUAAUGUUUCUUAAUACGUUAAAAUGACCUUUAAAGACCCGUGUGAUGGGGCGCCAUCUGGUGGUGGAGUUACAGACUGGUUUGUCCAUUCUGUAGGAACAAAGAUGGAGAGCCGUAAAUAUAAAAACACACACAUGUGUGAUCAUACACUGAAGAGAACAUAUGAAUGUUAUAUCCCGCCUCCUAAAUGCGGCGCACUGUACCUUUAAGGAAAUAAUAAUGUCUGGACAGAAAGGUUUUAAUAAGACGUUUAAGCUCUUUGUUUAUGACAAUAAUUAAUUUAAGAUCCAUGUAAGAACAAUUUAUCCGAUUAUUUACUUUUCUAAACUUUUCUAAUUUUCUAAUUAUAACUUUCAUAACUCUGUCUACAAAGCUGAUUUCCUUUGGCGAUACAACAGCGUUUAUGAAACUCCUCCUCUUCCUCCCAGCGGCCAUAUUUGUUUGUCCAGUUCAUAUUUAGUCUUUCUAAGGACCUCCUGUUGUUAUUGUUACUAAACUCAGAGACGGGGGCGGAGCCAACGCUGGACGCUGUGACAUCACUGCGAUGUAACCGUGACGUUGUUUAUUUUAUUCUUUUUUUAUUUUAUUUUAUUUCUUCCACUAACUUGAGGACGACAGAGCUGCAGUUUACUAACCUGGUGACGGACUACAUUACCCACGAUGCAAAGCGGCAGCCCCGAAGAAACACGACGAACGAGAACAGUUUAGAUUGAAAGUUAAAAAAAAACCAAACGAGCAUGAAAAAAAAGAAAAAGGGUGAACGUGAGCCAAUGAGAAGAGGACUAGGUGAUGUCAUCGCUUCAGGUGUUAUGUUCAGCAUCAAACGUCAGCGUCCAACCGCCUUCUUCCUGCACAUGUGGCCACUUCCUGUUCACUUCCUUUUCACUUCCGGUUCACUUCCUUUUCACUUAAUUUUCACUUUAUUGUUUUCACUUCCUUUUUAACCCCUUUUCACUCCCUU